AUGAAAAGACAGGCUCCCCUUCAAACCUGUCCUCCAUUGAUGGUGACGAGUGGAACAGUCAACUAUAUGCAGGCGAAUCCAAAUGAGCUAUACUCACAAGGAACAACAGCCACUCUUUCGUGUCCAACCGGCUCAGUGACUGGUGCGAUGACGACCACGUGCACCAGUGGAACAUGGCAACCACCAAUUGGCUCUUGUGGAGGUGCAAUUGGUGUCUCGAAUCCCCUCGGAAUCGGCAGUUUCUCCCCAUCACCAUCGGUUCCAAUGGGACUCGGCACAUCCCCAUUGGGCGUACCCGGAUCAACGGGCACUACUGGCGCUCUCCAAUGUUUGGACAUGUUGACGCCGAUGAAUGGACAGAUUAAAUACGGUGAAACCGGCCUUCAUCCGAGUGGCUCACGAGCAACACUGUCUUGUUCUCCCGGAUAUAUGGCACAAGGUCAAAACGAAGCCACCUGCACAAACGGUGUCUGGGUUCCGGCGGCAAUGGGAAUGUGCUCAAUGAGCUCCUCCGGAAUGACACCAAUAAUCCCGCCAUCGGCAGCAAUGGCA